GGAAAGGCGGGCGGCUGCUGGUGGCGGAUAAUGAUGGCGUGGUGCGCGCGGCCGCUGGGCGGCCGGGAGCGCUGAGGGGAAGGAGGCGGCGGGACCCCCGCCCCCAGAUGGCUCUCCGGAUACCGCGAUCCGCGCUGGGGAUAACACCCGAUGUAGCCAUUCACGCGCUUUGAUUUCUUUCUCUCCCCUGCACUCCAUUUCAGUGCAAGCGGGGAAGCUGGCUGAGUGAAAGGCUGCUUUUGGGAUCUUCUGUGGGAUCUGCUCUGCCUGCUGUUGGAGGGUGGAAGCUUUGUGCUAAGGAGCCGUUCUUCCCAUUCUUCUUCAGGAGUCGAGGGAGCUUUCUCUUUGACAAUGAUGAAAACUGAAGGCAAGGGGGAAAGGACUUUAAGAAGUGCAUCACCACACCGAAAUGCCUAUAAAUCUGAUUUCCAUGCUAUCAAAUGCUCUUUUGAUGGUGUAAACAAUCCUGAUAACACUUCCAGUAAAACAGGCUUGCAUCAGAAGCUGAACACCUCUUCCAAUGGAGGGGGAAAUGACCCACACAGUCGAGGCAGAGCUGCCACUUAUGGCAAUAGAGUACACAAGAUCAAAAAUAUGUUUCUGCAAAUGGGAAGCUCUUCUUCCACAGCCUCUGAAAGCAGUCCACCUGCUGAGACCAAAUUAAUCAGCCGGGCCACGGCAGCAGAGUAUGGACCUUCUCCAGGUAGCCCAUCUUUUCUCAUUGUCCAAAAAAAUAAUCUUCUUAAUACAAGCACCAGCCCCUGCAGCAGUCCUGUGGAUUCAUUAUCUGUGCCUUCUGCUGCCGACAGGGUUGUCCGUAGCAGUGAUGAGGCAGACUUGGACAAAGUUGCCCUGGCAGAAAAAUUUUCGGAGACUAGGAAGCUUUUUGAGAGGAAUAUAAAACAGCGGAGCUCAGUGGACAGAUACUCCCCCAGCAAAUGUGAAAGAAGUGAAGAUAAGAGGAGACGUGGUUCAGCUUCUGAUUGCAGCAAUGUGGUGGACAACUUCAGUUUUAAUACAGAAGCGAGUCCUCCAGUCGCACUGGAGAAAGUUGAAAAUCAAGGCAGUGAGGAGUUGAAACAGCAACAUCCCAAUAGUGGUUCUAAAUCCUCCUUCCUGAAUGCAGGGCCCAUUUCUAGGAGGCUGGAAAGCUUUUUGGGUGACAGUGAUACUGAAGAAUCCAAAGAAAUUUCAAAAAAUGAUAGUCCUCCGAAUCAGGACCCUUUGAGAGGCCGGGAGAGUUUGAAUUUGCCUGCUGUUGCUGAAGGAUGUCUGGAGAAGGGUGUGUUCCCCAAAGUGCUUGGGAUUCGCAGAGAUGAGCCGAGUGAGGCUCUUGGAAAAGACAAAAGGGAGCAACUGGUACUUGAGAGAAGCCUGUGGGAUAUGGGCAGUGUGCCCGGUCAGGAGGCUCAGCACAGAUCAGAUAGUGUUUCCUCCUCGGUUUCCCCCACAGAGGGGACUUGCACAGAGCCAGUUGGACAAAAUGAAACCUCAGGGCAUGAAAAUGAAGGUUUGGAGAAAGAUCACGUUGUUCAAGAGGAUCAGAUGCUCAUAUGUCAAGUACAGGAAGGGGAGAGGAGUGACUAUGCCUUGGAAGUGAUAGAAGAGUCUAUGGAUGGCAGCAAGACCAGUUGGGAAGAAGAAAGAAAUGGGUUGUCUGUAAGAGAUGGUCCAGUUACACGCAUUCAGGACGUUCUAGAGCAGGAAGAGGAUACUGAAGAAGAGGAGCAAGUGUUGGAAAAGCAAAGUGAGGACUUCAGUGCUUUUGGAAUAGAGAAUGCAGCUUUUGAUGGUGACAGGGAUACAGAGCCAGAAAACCAAGAGCCUGAAGGCAAAGAAAUUUUGGAGGGAGAGGAUGCGUAUAUGUAUGACAGUGAAUAUGAGGAGUUUCCUGGACUGUCUGAAGAGGAGGAUCCUGAUCCAGACCGAAAAGUCAAGUUCUCAACAGCUCCUAUCAAAGUUUUCAGUACUUACUCAAAUGAAGACUAUGAUAGACGUAAUGAAGAAGUUGACCCUGUGGCAGCCUCAGCUGAGUAUGAACUUGAGAAAAGGGUGGAAAAGAUGGAAGUAUUUCCUGUGGAAAUUGAAAAAGGUGACAGGGGUCUGGGCAUCAGUAUCAUUGGAAUGGGAGUUGGUGCUGAUCAGGGACUGGAAAAACUAGGUAUUUUUGUAAAAACAAUAACAGAUGGUGGAGCUGCUCAGAGGGAUGGACGAAUUCAAGUAAAUGAUCAGAUUGUUGAGGUUGAUGGCAUCAGUCUGGUGGGAGUUACUCAGUUCUUUGCAGCCACUGUAUUAAAGAACACCAAGGGCACAGUGAGGUUUCUGAUUGGGAGAGAGAAGCCAGGGGCUGAGAGUGAAGUAGCCCGUCUCAUUAGUGAGACCUUAGAGCAAGAGAGAUGUCUGUAUGAGCAGCACUACGCUCAUGAUGAUACAGAGCAGGAUGAUGACUAUGAUGAUGAUGAAGAGGAUACAUAUGAGUCACAUUUACAUGGGAAAUCUGUAGAAGUUUUUGAUCUUCCUGAAAACGAAGACAUUGGUUUACUACUGGAUAUGGAUUCAGCAGAGUCUCUUCUUAAAUUUAAAGAGCUGCAAUUAAAACAUGCAGUAACAGUAGCUGAAGUGAGUCAAUUGAAGGAGAAAUUAAAAAUUGUUGAAGCUGAAAAAAAUGAAUGGAAAUUUAAUCGAGCCCAGCUACAGCAAAACUUGGAUGAAAGCAAAGAGAAAAUUAAAAAGCUAGAGACCUACUGGUUAGAGGCACAAAAUUUAUGCAAAACAGUGAAUGAGCAUCUUAAAGAGACUCAAGAACAAUGUGAUGCCCUUGAAAAGAAAUACAGCAAGGCCAAGAAAUUGCUUAAAGAUUACCAACAAAAAGAAAUAGAAUUUAUGAAGAAAGAAGAAGAGCAUUCAAGGCUACUUGAAGAGAGAGACCAGAAAUAUGCAGAACAACUGAAAAUAUAUCAGGAAAAAAUUUCGGAACUUGAAACUAAAUUAAAAGUAUAUGAGAAAAUGCCUUAUGUUUUUGAACAUGGUGGUUUAUUGGAAGAUGGCUGUCAAAGUCCAGGCCAACCUAACGAACAGUCAAAGAUAAAAGAAGAAAAUGAAAAAGAAACCAAAUCAAUAGAAGAAAGAAUAAAUUCUUUAGAUAUGCUCAUUUCUGAUUUUGAUGCUUUUGUUGGGGAUACUCCCAGAUUAGACACCAGUGCCCACAAAGCAAAAGCUCAGCUUGCUUUGAAAGUGAAACGCCAGCCACCUUCUCGAUCAAAGCUGAAAGAAUCUCUUGGGGCUGGACAACAGACUGCAAAUCUACAGGAUGAGGAUUCAGAAGAUACUGUUCUCAACAGAGAACUUUCCACUAUGUACCUAACCAAGACCUUAGAAACAAGUGAAAAAUUACCUCUCCCACGCCUGGAUGACUCAGAUCGAAAGAGUGAAAAGCUGGAAAAAAGAGAAAGCACAGAAAGUCCUCUAGAGUCAAGUCCUUCUGCUUCCACACACUCUUCUCCAGUACACAAACCAAGCAACGAAAAUAGCACCACCACUCCUCGUUCACCUCCUCCUGAAGAGAUGACUCCAAGUUCUCCUCAAGGGUAUCUCAAGAAUGUUAAACAAAGAGAGGCAAAAGGGAAAGGGAAAGAGGCCAAGGCAGAAGAAAAGAAAAAUGAAGACAGGACAGUAGAAACAAAUGAAGGAACAUCAUCAGGGAAGUCCAAAAGGAGAUUUCCAGAUUUUGGGGGAUUACGGAAAUCUGGGGGCAAGGGUAAGAAGCAAGAAAAAGAAAAUCUAAGAGGUUCUCUGGAUAGCAGAGGUUCCCGAGAACUCUUGGAUGACUCUGGCAACAAUCUAUCUGCAUCAGAUUCAGAUUCCCCUGCUCCUACUUGCAUGCCUUUCUCUUGGUUUGGAGACAGCCACAAAGAGCCUCCAGUUUCUAGUAGCAGCCUGCACGUUACCCAGAGCGGGCAGGAUGGUUGUGAGCACGGUCAAGAGAAGAACAGAACCAAGAGUAGAAUUGUCAUAGAUGAUACAUACCAUAGCAAGCCAAGUUGUGAACUUUCAGGGUUAGUGACAGAACCAAAUCUGUCAGGUCGUUCACACACUUUAACCUUCUCUUCAAAUGAGGUGAGUUUCAAAGUGUGUAUAUGUGUCUUGUUGAUGUUGUUGUUCACACUACAGCAUGUUUAACAGAAACAGAUAUGUGUAAUGUGAAACUAGAUGGCUAUUCCAUAUUUGAAUGUUGAAGAGCACUAUAGAGAAUCAUAAGCUGUUAAUGAACUAAAGGACACGGACUAGUGGGUGUCAUCAGCCUGUGUGUUCUGAUUCUAGUUAUAUCAUAAAAAUUGGAGUAAACUCUCUGAUCAAAUUGCAGUUUUUAAUUUUAAAUAUAACGUUG